UCCUCCAGCCCCGGUGCAUGACGGUUAAAAAGCCUGGCCCUGGAACCCGCCAUUUUCUUGUGGGGGCAGGCGGGAAAGGCGGGAAGUCGGCGAGCAGGCAGCGCGAGCGCGGCCGCGACACGACCCAAGGCCGUAGAAGCGCGAGGCGGACGAGCUGAGCAGACAUUUUGCAUCCUAAGAAACUUCCAGAAUGGCCCGUACCAAGCAGACUGCUCGUAAAUCCACUGGUGGGAAGGCGCCACGAAAGCAGCUGGCCACAAAAGCCGCUCGAAAAAGUGCACCGUCAACUGGUGGAGUGAAAAAACCUCACCGUUACAGGCCUGGCACGGUGGCCCUGCGAGAAAUACGGCGGUAUCAAAAAUCCACAGAGUUGCUGAUCCGCAAGCUGCCCUUCCAGCGCCUGGUCCGUGAAAUUGCUCAGGAUUUCAAGACAGACUUGCGGUUCCAGAGUGCCGCCAUCGGGGCUUUGCAGGUCGAUGUUUCCUCAAAAUCUCUCUCUUCCGGUUUUAAGGAAGCCAGCGAGGCGUACCUCGUGGGUCUGUUUGAGGAUACCAACUUGUGUGCCAUCCAUGCCAAGCGGGUCACUAUCAUGCCAAAAGACAUACAACUGGCCCGUCGCAUCCGUGGUGAACGAGCUUAAGUUCCACUUCCCUUCCCGCCCUUAAACCCCCUUUCUUGGCAGCCCCACCCUGUUCGUGUAUUAAAAUACACUCCAGGUUUUCCUUCCUUCCUUCUUUCUCUCUCUCUCUCUCCUACUCCUACUCCUGUUUGUAGUCGCUAGGACAUGUGAGGAAACGUUAGAUAAUCUAUCAUAGUAGCUCUCUAAGAUCAGGAGACCCGAUUGCUAUUCAUCAUGUACAAGCAAAAAAAAAAAAAAAAACCACAGAAAGAACAAAACCUUUGAAAUCUGCAAGACUUCUGGAUAAUGUUUUUUUUUAAACUUUUUUUCCUCCAGAAUUGCAAAAAAAAAAAAAAAAAAAAAAAUCCAAACCCAACAAAGGACAUUUUUGAAAUAAUCCGGUUUUAUAUACAGAACUUAAAUAUAGUUGUAGACAUUUCAGCAAUGGAGUUUUUGGUCUUUUGAGUUUGUAAAGUGUUUGCACAAACACUGCGCACUUCUGUUUACUGUGUGGGGUUUUUUCCUCUCUUUUCUUUCUUUGUAUUUAGGCAAGGAGUGCUUUCUUUAAUUUCUUAUUUUCCAUUUGUCUUGUGUCUGUGACUCUAAUCUUUGUAUCAAUAGGGAACCACCUUGAGGCAGUAAGGAAACAAAUAAAUGUUAAACGAAAA